CUCCAGGGGGUCAUUGCAUUAGAUAACAUUAGAGUACCGGUACAGUAUGAAAAUAUUCAGUAGAAUGGAUUCUAGAUACGGUAAAGGCUGGAUUCUUAUUAGAAUAAAAUAUGUUGUUCAUAUUAUAUAUAGGUUCAUAUAUAUCAUAGUAGGCCUACUGCUACACCGCUAUUGAUAUAAGGAUAGAACUCGCUCUCUAAGAAUUAGAUUAGGAUAGGACUCACUUUCAACACAGAGAGAGACUCACAAAACAGGAAAAAUAAAAGGAAAUUAAGUGCGAAAUAAUGUUGCGAGUAAGAAUGGGACAGAAUCUGAAUGAAAAAAACUGAUUAGGAUGGAGGGGGAUUUGAGUACAAAACUGGAUUUUCCAGUUGAAAUGUACGUGUCUCGUUCAAUGUGAAGAGUUGAGUUGCUCGCUGAGUGCUCUAAUCAGUAAUCACAGCAGAGCAUACGGCAGACACCAAACUUGUCAGAUAGUUAUCACCAUGGCAACGGCAGCUCUUCUAGUUGGGAUAUUCUUACUAGCUACAGUUGGAGCUCAAGAUUGGAAUUUCCCCGAAGAGAUACCUGACAUGGAGGAGAAUCUACCUGGUGGUGAACGGCCCGUUAGGAGACCAGAGCCUCAACAACAGCAGCAGCAACAACAACAACAGCGACCCACUCAACCACCGUCGACAAUAUCCCCAAUGGACCUGGACCCAGCCAAUCCGGGAACAGUGAUCUUCACUUCCCCGUGCUCCGGAUGCCGGGUGACCCAACAGUACAACCCUGUCUGUGGCUCUGACAACCGCACCUAUGCCAACAAACUGGUGCUCGAUUGUCACCGAGUCUGUGGCUUUGAUGUUACCAUGAAACGUAUCUCUUGAGAAAUAAAA